AUGACGAUCGAGGCUCCUCUUCCCGCAGCUGCAGCAGGAUCGGCAGUAGCGCCGUGGGAGACUGUCGCGCCAGAAGACCAGCUCUUUGUCCUGAUUACAGGCGCAAACAGCGGCAUCGGUCUCGGUACCGGACAGCGCCUCAUUGACGAGUUCCUCGCGACGCGGUCGCUGACAUCGCACCUGAUUCUCAUCCCGACGACGCGGUCCGCUUCCAAAUCCCUGGUGGCCAUUUCGGCGCUGCGAGCACACGCCGAGCACGCGGCCAAGACCUCGACGGCGCUGCGAGCCCGAUAUGACGCUGACGAAAAGGAGGAAUACAACUGGCAGGACGCCGUGCGGCGUAUCCACGUGCUGAGCCUGACGCUGGACCUGUGCGACCUGCGCGGCGUGUACGCCUUUGCCGACCAGCUUUGCCGCGGGCGUGUGAGCAAUCCGGAAGGGCUGGAGGGCGAGUAUUUGCGAAAUGUGAGGAUUCCGCGGCUGGACACGGUGAUUUUCAACGCGGCGUAUGGGAAUUGGUCCGGGUGCAAUUAUCCCAAGGCUGUAUGGAAGAUUUUGAGCGAGGGGUUGGUGCAGGCGGUCACGUAUCCGACGUUUAAAAAUUCGCUGCCGACGAGUGUUUUGAAUGAGCAGAAGAGCUAUGGCUAUCCCGAAAAGCCUCUUCUUGGCGAAGUGUUUACCGCCUGCGUCUUUGGCCACUACGUCCUCGCCCACCAGCUGCUGCCGCUGCUGUCUCGCCACUCAGCGUCCGAGUCCCGCGGCCGAAUCGUCUGGUCCUCCAGCAUAGAAGCCAUACAAGAAGUCUACGUCGCCGACGACAUGCAGUGCUUCCUCAAGCCCGCCGCGUACGAAUCCGUCAAGCGCCUCACCGACAUCGUCUCCCUCUCAUAUUCGCUCCCCUCCGUUCAGAAAUACUCGCGGCCCUUUUUGACGAUUGACGAAGAAUCCGGCGGAGACGCUGCCGAGAAGCCCGUCCCGCCAAAGAUGUACCUCACGCACCCCGGCGUCGUGGCCAGCACGCUGUUCCCCGUGCCGUGGUUCUUCUUUUGGGCGUAUGAGCUUGCGCUGGUGGUUGCGCGCUGGAUCGGCUCGCCGUGGCACAACGUCGACGGCUACAGGGGUUCCACAUCAGCAGCUUGGCUAGCAUUGCAGGACCAGGCCGCGCUGGACGACAUGCAGGCCGACAGGAUCAAAUGGGGCAGUUCGACGGACAGACAUCUCGUGUCGGACGUGAAGAAGACGGAGGUGGACGGCUGGGGGUGGGAGGGCAAGGUCGAGACAAGCAAGACGAUUGCAGCUGAUACGGCGCCGGGGCUGCUGCAUAAAUCGGUGGGCAGACGAUUGGGGGCGAAGAAUGCGACGGAGGAGUCGCUGAUUGAGUUUGAAGAGGAGGGAGCGAGAGCGUGGGAGGAGAUGGAGAGGUUGAGGCAUCAGUGGGCGAAGAUUAUAAAGCUGGAGAAGAAAGAGUGA